AUCAGGACGGAGCGAGUCGAGGGCAGCUGGACGCGCAGACACACGGAGACGCGAUCUGCGGCAGCGCAGCGGGGUUUGUGCGGAGACUUGGCCGUUUAUAGGCACAGACCAUCGAUCACGGGCUUUUCCUGCUGAAUAGUGGAAAUGGAAGCCGAGCAAUUCAUUUUCCUCCUGGCUUUGACCUGCUCUGUUUAUCAAGCCGAUGGACAAACAACGUACGGUGACAUGUUCUCCCACAAGCACGAGGUAUCAGACCACUUUCAUAUUCCCUCAAUCCCUGGCUGGGACCCUGACACCAACCACUGGGACGAUUACCUCUACCCCCCAACAAACCCGAACCCAAAGCCGAAGGACCACGUGUAUGGAAUAGGCAAACCCAAGGUCCAGCUGACCAGCGACAGCCCCGCUCUGAACGGCUCCUCCAUCACCUUCACGGCCAAGCUUGGCUACCCACAGUGUCAGAAGGUGGAUCCGAACGGAUACGUCGUCUGGGAUCAGCACUGCAUGGACGGACACGGGCAGGUCAACUCUGGCUACGUGUACAACUGGACCGCGUGGCUCGACGACUACGGCUUCGGAAAGUGUACAGACACGACCAAGUGCAACGUGUUCCCCGACGGGAAGCCGUUCCCUCUGAGCAGCGACUGGAGGCGCAAGAGCUACGUCUACGUGUGGCACACAAUGGGUCAGUACUACGAGACGUGCGACGGCUCCUCCUCCAGCGUGACCAUCAACACCACCAACAUGCCGCUGGGAGCCGAGAUCAUGGAGGUCAUGGUUUACAGGAAGCACGAGCACCGGCAGUACACGCCCCUCACCACCGACGCCACCGUCUUCUACGUCACAGAUAAGAUCCCAGUGGCGGUGACCAUCUUCCAGAAGGCCGCGCCCAAGCAGCCAGAGAACGUGUUCUACCGCGGCGAGGCCGUGCUGUUCAGCGUCCAGCUCCACGACCCCAGCGGCUACCUGAGCGCCGCCGCGUCCGUCGACUACCUGUGGGACUUCAGCGACGGCAACCGGCUGGUGACGCACCGGCCCGUGGCCGCGCACACCUUCGGCGCGCCGGGCGACGUGAGCGUGAGGCUGGUGGUGGAGGCGGCGUUCCCAGAGGAGUGCCCCCCGCCCGCUGCCACGACCGCCGGGACCCCCACGCCGGGCAGCACCGCGCGGCCGCCUCCCACGGCGACAUCUACCACCCCUGCUGCCACUGUGAAGGCGGAGACCACCCACGGACCCGCUAGCACCACCGCCACCGCCAGGCCCUUCCCCUCCACCGUUUCCGUGGCUACCACCUCAGGGCUGCCCGUCACAGAGUCGCUCCCGCCUGCUGUUGCCAGUGCGACUCCAGAGGCCAACGCCACCACCAUGGCCCGACUCCGCAGCAGGCGAUUCGCCGGCAACCAGUGCUUCCGCUACGUCUACGGCACCUUCACAAACAACAUCACCAUCAUCGAAGCGAAGCUCCCAUUGAACAGCCAGCAAAGCAACCGCAUCGUGGACGUGUCCGCCGCCAGAGAGAGCAGCAUGGACGUCACCUUCCUGGUGAAGUGCCUGGGCAGGUAAGCGCCCCAUCCACUCUCGCCCCCCACCUCAGCCUGUACCAUCGUGUCGGACCCCAACUGCACGGAGGUGAGCAGCAUCAUGUGCGACGACGUGUCCCCGUCGACGCAGUGCGAGGUGCGCCUCCGGAGGACGUUCCCGGAACCCGGCGUCUACUGCGUCAACAUCACCCUGGAGGACCCCGGCAGCCUGGCGCUGGCCAGCACCACCGUCACCAUCAAAUCCCAGGACACGGCCUCCAAGUCUCCCAACACGGCAGUGGUGGCGCUCUUCUCCAGCGCUGUGCUGGUCGUCGUCUUCGCUUUCGUCGGCUACCUGGUCUACAGGCGCUACAGGGUCUACCGACCCAUCCGCGGGACGCUGGUGGAGGACGCCGUCGGCCAGGCUCGGACCAGGGGCCCCAUGGUUCGCCUGAAACAGGCCCUGUUCCCCGCCAGUGAGGAGAGCUGUCACCUGCUGACUGAGACUCGACCCCUGUAGGUCUCAGAGCUACAGAGUGUAAAUCAUCAUUAGCAUUUGGUUUGUUUAGCUGAGGCCCAGCAAGCGACUGAUGCUCCAGUAGAGGACGUGGAGUAGGAUGAUUUAUUAAAAAUGCUGACAACCGCUGCUCUUUUCCAUUUCAGCUUUGAGUAAAGUAGUUGCUAGGAUAUGAACUAGGUUCAGGUACUGACCUGAAAUCAGCCAUUUUGAUCAAAAAUGCUUUUCUGUACCACUUUUCCAAAACGCCUUAACCAGUACCCUCUGUUGUAACAAGAUAUAAUAAUGGUUUUCCUAACAGUGUAUAAUAUUAUAAUAGCAGUGCUGAGAUCAGUGAAUUAAAAGGUGAAAAUUUG